GCCUGAUCUGAUUGGUCGGUGUUGGUUGACUCGAGGUGACGUCACGUGUAUAAAAGCCGGCCGCGGUGUCGGGAGCGCGCAGGGCUCGGUCUCUCAGUGUUCCGGUUGUUUCUCUUCCCGCUGUCUCACUUCCCCUCUCUUCAUCUGUCACAAUGUCUGAAUUCUCGGAGGAUCAGAUUCUUGAGUUUAAGGAGGCCUUCCUGCUUUUUGACCGGACGGGAGAUGGGAAGAUCAGCUACAGUCAGUGUGGAGAUGUGAUGCGAGCUCUGGGUCAGAAUCCUGUUAAUGCUGAAGUUCUCAAAGUGCUUGGAAACCCCAAAGCUGAAGAGAUGAAUUUUAAAAUGCUGGAUUUUGAGCAGUUCCUGCCCAUGCUUCAGGCCAUCGCUAAGAACAAAGAUCAGGGCUCAUUUGAGGACUUUGUGGAGGGUCUGAGGGUGUUUGAUAAAGAGGGAAACGGAACAGUUAUGGGUGCAGAGCUACGCCAUGUCCUCACUACACUGGGUGAGAAAAUGACAGAAGAGGAAGUGGAGACACUGUUGGCUGGACAUGAGGAUGCAAACGGAUGUAUUAAUUAUGAAGCCUUUGUGCGCCACAUCAUGGCCGGCUGAGUGUUGGAACUCGUCAGGAUGGUGAUGAGUGGUUGAAGAUUUCAGACUCAGUUUGUUUUAUUUCCUGUAUGCAUUUGUUUUCCUCUCAUGCUCACACCCCUCGUGCCCCCUCAUCUGUCUAUAGCUGUUAUUUUUUUAUUAAGUGCCUUCAAUCUGUUUCUUUCUUCACCGUUCCUGAUUCAGAUGUCUGAGGAACCAUCCUGUUUAAGUUCUACUCCAGUGUUUUUCAGUCUGAAGUCAGAUGUGUGUGUGUUUGUGUGUACGUGCGUGUGCAUUUGUGCAUAUGCGCAUGUGUAAAAACAUUUAAAUUCUAUGACUAUAAAACAUAAAGUAGAUCUGCAGCCGUUCCACAGGUCUGGUGUCUGAUAUGACAGGUAUGAGAGGAACUCUUCUCUCUCUCUCUCACACACACACACACACACACACACACACACACACACUGCAGCAAUACGGUUAACAGUAGUUUGGGUUACUCUGCAGUCCCCUGAAAGUUCUGUGGUUUCCCUACACCUUCAGAGAGACAGAAUUAGAAAAGUACUUCCUUUCACUGAAGACUUUCUCCUCUGCCCCUUAUACUUCCACUCUUGAGUGAAAAUAAACACUGCAGUAGAGCUCAAACACAAUAAGAGCCUCCUGUAGUGUUGGGUUUUAUAGAUUGGAGUCCAGUGUGUGCACGUGUUAAUUCACUACCCAACAGGGUGACCAGUUUAUAUCUGUAUUUAUAGUUACACUUCCAUCAGCAUUUCACUUUAUUACCCUCACCUCUUUGUGUCAUAUUAGACUGUAAAUGAAUAAAUACUGCGCUUUCAGAAUAA